UAUCCGGGACAAGAUUCUAUUUGAGUUGCAUCCUAUCUUGUUACAUCCCUGUAUUAUGCAGCAUUACAAUGGCGUGCAACCAAAAGGAAGCUGUUCGAAGAGAUUUUACUUGAUGCAUAUGAUGAAAACAUGCUUCAAGAUGCCGAACCCGCUAAAGUUAAGGUAACUUUUUUUUUUGAUAUUUAUGCUUUAUAUGAUGAAAAUGUUCGUGGAUCUAGAUUGCCCAUGUUAUCUUCACAAAGCUCCAUCGGUAGUUCUUAUUCAUCAUCUAUUUUCUCAUUCAUUGCACAUAGAAAACAUGCACAUGCUUUAAGUUCAUCUACAUCUUUAUCUUUAGGUAGUGAACUUGAAUUUUAUUUACGAAAUGAUCUUUAAUCUGCAUACGAUGAAAAUCAAAUAGAGUCUGGAUGUGUUGCCUAAUGGAAGUGUUAAAAAUUAAUAUCCUGUUAUAUCUAUCAUUGCAUGUGAUAUCUUAGCUGUGCUGAUGUCCAUAAUAGCAUCAGAAUCCACUUUUAGUGCAGGUCAAUGUAUUCUUGAUGAAAAGAGAAGUAGGAUGACCGGCGACACAAUUGAGAUGUUUCUCUGCUUCAAAGACUGAUUGGAUGUCGAGGCGUGACUUCAAGAUAAAGGUAAACAUAAUAUAAUAUCCGAUGAUGACAACAUAAAUACUAUCGACGAUUAGUAAGAUUUUUAUCAAUUUUUUCAAUUCAUAAUUUUUUAUAAUUGUAGCUUUUUACAUUUUAAUUGUUGAGGUAAGACACAUCUAUUUUUUUUCUUUCCGUCAUUAUAUUCUGGAGGUCAGGCCUAGCCCCCCUCCUUUUCUUAUACUAUUUUAAUUUUUAUUAAUAAACCAGUAAGAGUCCACAUCAAACCCUCUACCAUUACAAGGUGGUUUUUUAUUUUUACAAAAAAAAUCCACUAUCCCCACAUCUUUUAUAUAUUUACUCUCUAACUUUUUUUAAUUUAUAAAAAAAUAUUUUUUUAAAUUAAAAAAAUCAGGAUAUAAAUCGGUUGUGCUAAGGCAGAACCUAUCUUAAGGGCGUUGCACUAUCACGCGGCUUGGCUGUGCCUGGCCCAUGGGUUGUCCCAGUCCAGGCCCUUAUGGGCCGUACCAAGCCUGGCCGCAGGCCUCAAAACUCCCAACCAAGUCUAGUUCGGCCCUCUUAUAUGUGUCAUGCUCGGCAUGAUCUGUUAUUAUAGCAAGUGGGCUGUGCCUGCCGAGCCAAACUGUGUAAUGGGCGGUCCGAUUCGAUGCCUAUGUCUACUCAAAAUAGUGUUGUAUCACAUGUAUUUUCUUAAAGGACCGGUCCAUGUGCUGUUUGCUUCUCAAAUUUGAUAUCCAGGACCAGAUUCUAUUUGAGUUGCAUCCUAUUCUGUUACAUCCCGGUAUUAUGCAGCAUUACUAUGGCGUGCACCCAAAAGGAAGCUGUUCGAAGAGGUAUCAUAUUCUUGCACCAAAUUUUCAGGUUUUCCAUGUCAGAUUGGUGGAGUUCCAUUAUUUGUUUGAAUUCUUACCUGAUGAGCUGCAAGGCAUGGUCCCAAUUCGAUUGCUACAGGACCCAACACUUGGACUUCAGAAACACAGCCAAUUGUCUAAAAUUUGCAGCCUCAGGUCAAAGCCACCUCGUGUACCACUUCCUAAUUACUGAACCAUUGAGACAAGGACUUUGGAGCUCUCAAAUUAAUUUUUUUAUAUAAAGCCUAGCAACCAACACGAGUUACGUGUUCUGCUCCUACCACUUUACUGUGUUGCUUGAAUGGGCUAUGACUACAUGGUGCCUGCUGACUGGAAGCUUCUGCUCUAAAACCUAUGGUUUUGUGCAACGACUAACCCGAGUCUCUGAAUGAAUUAGACGGCAGCGGUUUCUUAAACGAAGGAACCAGUGAUAGAAAAGGAAAAAUGGUUGGCGUUUCCAAGUCAAGUAUUGCAAACAGGACCAAACUGAUGCUGAUGUCCUACAAUAUCUUAUUCCGGGUUUGACAUGGUCAUGAUUUGCUAUUCCCCGUUCCCAAAUUCCAAAGGUGGAUUCCAACGUUCCCAUUUGUUUGUCUCAAGGGCGUCUGGGACCAUACGACGACUACGGAGCAGGCAUGGGAGGGCAUUGCCGUAAUACUGGGGAAAGUGGUGACCGAGCUCUCUUUUGGACCCGACGUCAGUUGGAGCGUCUGCUGAGCUGGACUUGACCGUUUCUUGCCGCAAAGGUGAUGUUGAAGUCUUCUCUUCCCAAUUCAAGGGCCACCAAGAAGGAAAUUUCUCUCUUUCUACAGCUCCUUGCUGUGUGAUUUGCUUUCAUGCCGGGAAGACCGGAGGAGUUCCGAUGCUCGGUUCUCUUGCCGGAACCAUGGAAAGUAAGCUCUGUCAUCUUUUGUAAGGAUCUCUGCGGGUUGUCGAAAUCCUCUGCAGUAUUCGUGGAAUAGUCGCUUGUUCACUUCUUUAGAGGGGACUCGACAACAGUGGCUAAGGAUUCGUGGGUGUUUUGUGUAAUUGAACAGAGAGAUGUUAUCAAAUGGCAACAAGUCCACCAAAGAAAUCCUCACUGAACUUGAGUUGGAUAUGGAUCCGAAUGCCACCGAACUCAUUGAAAGCAUUCAUAUUUCCAUUCCAUCAAUUGAAACAGAGCUAACAUAUCCAAAAAAUCAUAAGAGGUUAUUUCUUGAUUUCUUGAAAGCUGAUCUCUCAAGAGCCUGGUUUAAGAAACUAAGAUUCUCUUCCCCGUUAACUAUCUUCCAGCGAACUGUGGAUGAAAGAGAGGAGAUUUCACUUUCAGUCUCUUCUCAUGUUGGUAUGCAACAGCAUUUCCAUAUCAACUUUAUCAGGAAAAUCAAAUGGGCUUCUCUUGUGGAUAUCUUCCAGGAAUGGAUAAAACAUCCCAUGAACAUUGCUUUUCUUAUUUGGUUAGUAUGUGUUACCAUCUCUGCCUCUAUGCUGGGUCUACUCCUGCUUGGACUACUAGAUAAAGCAUUCCCCACAAAAUCCUCAAGAAAUCAUUGGAUCGAAAUCAACAACCAAGUUCUCAAUGCUCUCUUCACGCUCAUGAGUCUAUAUCAACAUCCAAAUCUGUUCCACCACUUUGUUCUUCUAUGCAGAUGGAGAUCAGAAGACAUCAUAAAACUUCGAAGAAUAUAUUGCAAGAGUGGAGCUUACCGACCUCAUGAGUGGGCUCAUAUGAUGGUGGUUCUUGUGCUCCUCCACAUCACCUGUUUCACUCAGUAUGCCUUGUGUGGACUCUACUGGGGUUAUACGAGAACACAACGACCAGAGUUUGCCGAAAAUUUCUUCGCUGUUCUUGGGACUGCAACGCCUAUCUUUGCAGGUGCCUACACUGUUUAUAGUCCUCUUGGCAGGGAAUACAAUUCUGAUUCGGAUGAAGAAUCACCGGGUCGGAAUUCUAAUGCUGAUGUCCAGCACCAUAACAUGGUCGGUUUGAUGUUGAAUGAUCGAAGGGUUGUGGUGAGCAAACCCGAGUGGGCAGGGGGACUAUUUGAUUGCAGGGAUGAUAUUACUGUGGGCUGCCUUUCCUUGUUCUGUACAUUUUGUGUCUUUGGUUGGAACAUGGAAAGGCUUGGAUUUGGAAACAUGUAUGUUCAUGUUGUUACCUUCCUUCUCCUGUGUGUUGCUCCAUUCUGGAUUUUCAACAUUUCGGCGCUGAAAAUUCAUGACAAAGUUGUUGGUGAUAUGGUGGGGAUUGCAGGGAUCGUUCUCUGCGCCUUUGGUUUGGUCUAUGGUGGUUUCUGGAGGAUCCAGAUGAGGAAAAGAUUCAAACUUCCUGCGACUACUCAUUGUCUUGGCUCCGCCUCGCUGACCGAUUAUGCCCAGUGGAUGUUUUGCUGGGCUUGUUCUCUAGCUCAGGAAGUGCGUACAGGAAAUUUAUAUGAUGUGGAGGAUGACAGCCUCUACAGAAAGCACUUGGAAGGUGACGAAGAGAGUAGUCCUUUUCUAUCUCCUCUACCUCGUGAGAGUGGGUUAGGUACAAAGUUUAAAACAGAUGGUAGCUCUCAGUUUCCAAUCUCCUUCCCUGCUAAGUCGCCAAAUUUGACGGGGUUGGGAGAGGAGCAUGGUAUUCAAGAGAAUGAGUUGCAUGGGAGACAUGUGGAGUCUUCUAUAUUAGCUUCUGAUGAUGCAAUGAGACCACCUGUUCGGCCAUUAAUACAGUUGUCGCAUAAAGUCAGUGAUGGUGGUUCGAUUGCACCACCACAUUAAUUAUCCCCAUUUACAGGCACCGGCUGAUGCAUGAGCUUCCACUCAGAAUGGCUGACUGAUGUUUUUCAGGAUUAUGUUCAUAAAAUCUUUAGGCACUUGGUGCCUAUUGCAUUCUCAAAGAAAAUUUUUUGUGGUGUAGCUUCUUUGGUAUCACUUGCUCAAACUUAUAAAGGAAAAGUUUCUCUGUAUAUAUUAUCCUUUCCAAAUUAUUCAGAGACAAGUUUGUCUUCUA